AUGUCGGAGAUACAAGAACAAGGAAAGCGUCUUAACUCGUACAAUCUUCAGGGUGACCUGCAUCCGACAAUGCAAAAUCAAUCACAAGACAACAGCUCCAGCUCAAAAGAGCUAGGGGCCACUCCGCCAUGCAUGCACCCUCGCUUCCUCCAGGAGCCCACCGACCAGACAGUGGUGGCAGGGCAGAAGGUGGUCCUGUCCUGCGUGGUGCUAAACUAUUCCGGCAUUGUACAAUGGACCAAAGACGGGCUGGCGCUGGGACUGGGAAACCUAAAAAUAUGGCCCCGCUACCAAGUUGUUGGAAACCCCGAGUCUGGGCAGUACAACCUGGAGAUCACCAACGCCAGUAUUUACGAUGAUGCCAAUUUCGAGUGCCAGGCAACUGAGGCCGCUCUGCGUUCCAAAGGAGCCAAGCUGACAGUAUUAAUUCCCCCAGAAGACCCCAUUAUAGAUGGAGGGCCAGAGAUCCUACUCAGAGCUGGAACCCCGACCAACCUAACCUGCAGGGCGGAGAAUGCCAAGCCGGCAGCUUCCAUAGAGUGGUUCCGAGAUGGGAACCCCCAGGAAGGAGCUAUUUCUAGCACGAUGGUGUUGGCGGACGGAAAGCGCGAGACCACUAUAAGCUUCCUGCUGAUCGUUCCCACUGAUCAAGAUAUUGGGCGAGUGUUUGCUUGCAGGACAUCUAAUGACGCUAUUCCAACCGGAAAGGAAACGUCAAUCAAACUGGACGUCCACCAUCCCCCCACCGUCACCCUGUCUAUCCAUCCGCAAACGGUGCAAGAGGGCGAAAGAGUGCGAUUCACCUGCACGGCCACAGCUAACCCCGUCAUUAAAGGUUACAGGUGGGCUAAAGGAGGCGUGAUCAUCGAGGCCGCCAGGGACAGCUCGUACGAGACACAAGUGGAUUACACCUUCUUCACCGAGCCCGUCUCGUGCGAAGUGCACAAUGAAGUCGGGAGCACGAACGUUAGCACCCUGGUGGAUGUACAGUUUGCCCCCCGUAUUGUAGUGGAGCCCAAACCUGCAAUGACAGAUAUGGGAUCUGACGUGACCCUGACCUGCAUCUGGGCAGGAAAUCCUCCCCUCACCCUGACGUGGACCAAGAAAGGAUCUAAUAUGGUAUUAAGUAACAGUAACCAGCUAUUUCUGAAGUCCGUGAGUCAGGAAGACGCAGGGCAGUACGUGUGCAAAGCCAUCGUUCCGCGUAUUGGAGUGGGAGAGCGGGAGGUCACGUUGUUUGUCAAUGGUCCUCCGAUGAUCACCAGCGAGGGAGUACAGUACGCCGUGCGAGGCGGAUCUGGGAAAGUCGAGUGUUUCAUUGGGAGCACCCCGCCUCCGGACCGCAUUGCCUGGGCGUGGAAGGAAAAAUUCCUGGAAACUGGAACCAUGGACCGGUAUACAGUGGAACGGACCAAAACAGACAGCGGCGUACGCUCCAUCCUGACCAUCAACAAUGUGGUGGAGACCGAUUUCCAGACCAGCUACAACUGCACCGCAUGGAACACCUUUGGCUCGGGAACAGCCAUCAUCAAGCUGGUAGAGGAAGAAGUUGUGCCGGUGGGGAUCAUUGCCGGGACGACUAUUGCAGCGGGAAUCCUGGUCAUCGCCUUCUUUGUCUUCUUCAUUUUCUUCCUCUACCGACGUCGUAAAGGCAGUCGCAAAGAUGUCACACUGAGGAAACUCGAUAUCAAAGUGGAGACGGUCAAUCGUGAGCCCCUGACCAUGCACCCAGACAGAGAGGAGGACACAUCAAGUGUUUCCACCGCCACGCGGGUUAUGAAGGCCAUCUAUUCGUCUUUCAAGGACGACGUGGACUUGAAGCAAGACCUGCGUUGUGACACCAUUGACAGAGAAGAGUACGAGCUGAAGGAUCCAACCAAUGGCUAUUACAAUGUCCGGGCUCAUGACGACAGGCCGAACUCCCGAACUGUGUUGUAUGCAGAUUACCGCAACCCUGGACCGGCGCGUUUCGAUGCUCGCCCUUCAUCUCGUCUUUCUCACUCCAGUGGUUAUGCCCAACUGAACACUUAUAGUAGGGCUCCUACUUCCGAUUAUAGUACAGACCCAACGCCAACAGUAACAUCAGCCGCAACAGAUACCACCAGUCAACUGUCCUAUGAUAAUUAUGAUAAGUUUGGGACUCAUGGUUUCUCAGCAAACACUGGCUACCCAACAUACCGGCUUGGCUACACGCAGCCAACCACAACAGCUAUGGAUCGGGGGCCAUUUGAUACUUUUGACCCAGUUGGGAAAUUCACAGGUGCCACCCGAUUCUCAUACACUUCCCAACAUUCCGACUAUGGACAGAGAUUUCAGCAACGGAUGCAGACGCACGUCUGAGGACUGUCGACAAAAACUGGUGGGAAGGGGGAAGAGCAGAGUGGAGGACACUUUUCGGUUAAAUCCUCUCUGACAUGACAUCAAAAGACGAGAUAGGACUCCUGGAGGAGUUGCGGUCGCCUACCGUGUCUUCUGAUACUCAGGGACCUUAUUGUCUUGAUCUCAGAAGUCCCCGAGGAUCCAGUUGAAGUUGCCCGACCAUGAAAAGUCUUGAGGCUUUGAUAUGGAAUAAGAUGCCAAACAGAAGGCUGGCCUUUUAAGCACCUGAUCAUUCCUUGAACACCACUCAUUUUGCCAUCUGGUGUAUGGCAAAUGGUAUGACUUAAGAGUCUUGGUACCAGUGAAGCUUUUCUUUCCACCAAUACUUUCAUGAGCCCCUAUAGUCUCCAGGGGGGCACAUUCCUGCUUUUUAUUACUCUCCCUAGAUGUUACGGAGGUUGUUGCAUCACUGCUAAAUAACAUCUGGUCUUACCCUAGUAGAGUCUUUCGAAGGUAUACAUUCUUGCUUUCCUGCUGCCGGAAGAGAGGGAAGGGACAUUGCCAUGUGUGGUCAUCACUGAUCUGGUUUCACAGCAGGUUUCAUGAUUCCGACACACAAGCAGCCAUUAUGGUAACUGCCAGGAAUCCAGGAAUCCGCAAAAUAAAUUGGGGAAUCUUCAUAUUUGCAUCGUCAUUUUAUAAACUCCAUGUAUGGUGAAUACUCAUCUAAUUAUUUGCUUCAGUAACAUAAGGAUUUAUUACCAAGUGCUGAGCUUUAAUACACUUUACGUUCAAUGUGUCAAAUUACCGAGCACUUCUUAGUAAAUAGCUCCGCCCCUGUUCAAAUUGUACUUUAUGGAAAACGUAUGCUAUCCCAUCCUUACUGCAUUGUUCUGCAAAUGUUUAUUUUAUUCUUUUAUGUUUUCCCAGUAGGCUUAUAACAUUGGGCUUCAGAAGACAAUUACCGGUGAUAACGUUUCCAAGUCUCCAGCAUUGCCCUUUGAUUGAGAAAAUGAAUUAGGGGUGAUGGUGGUGAACCAGUGUUAUGUUCCAAUACAGAUGCGUCCGACAUGGACCUUUAGGUGGUGGGCAGAAGAUUGCUCAGUGUAGACAAUCAUUGAUAACAGAGGCAACUGGUAUUGGGGAAGGGAGGGGGGGAGGAUUGUAAGACAUUGAGGUUAAAAGUACAGAUGCGAUCCAGCUCUAAAACGCUGAAUCAAAAGGCCAUGGAUCGCCAACUGAGCUAUAAUACAUAUGGAAUAGGUCAUAUAUACAGUAUUGCACAUAAAGCUACGACCCAUGUCAUUUUUUUAAUUAUUUAUCAUUUAAAGGGCUGAGUAUAUAUCACAGCAGAAUUUAAGUCCAGGGUAAGGAACAUUUAGUUUAUACACUGGUGCUCAUUUCAGACUUCCUGCCCAUUAAGCAAUAUAUUCUGUACCCUUUUUCUUUAUACCAAUAUUUUGGUUUCAUAUUGCAGCUAACACAAAUACCUUUUAGUUUAUUGUUGUGGUGUGGUCUGUGAUGCCACCAUUUUGUUUCUGCACGCCACGAGUGGUGUAACUGUACUUAAGUGGACGCUGAAGUUGGUUUCUUUCCAAGCAAAUGUUCAAUCGGGGUCUGUAAGUUAAUGUAGGGGAGCAGCAAAUGUUCAACGGGGUUACCGGUAUAGAGCAUUCAAACAUUUAUACAUGGCCUCAAAAAGGGACACCACGAUUUAUAUAUAAAAAACGAGGAGAACCAUUAACUGGGCUUACUCAUUCCAUAUGUCCGCAUGAAACAGUAACAGGGUCAUCGGUGUUGUCAAGAGGCACUCUGUUUACUAUGUGGCCAACCGGUUUGUAGCCAAGUUUGGUAGUGAUCUCCGAUGUAGGGGAAUUUCCUGGAUCAUCUGCCGCCACUUUCCUUUUUAUUGUGAUACUGUACAUUAUGCGGAUGGAAAAUAGGGAUCGAAUGGUUCCAAAAGGAAAGUUGACCUUGGUGUCCAGUCACUACCUCCCCUCCAUCUCUAUUCCAUCCAACUAUUCCUCUUGGUACCUGGCACGGUUUAUUCUGUGCCCAAUACAACCAGUUCAUUGUUACUCUUGUGCCUUAACACUUUUUAUUGUUAAGGGUUACUAUUAUUAUAAUUUUUUUGUAAGAAACCAUAAAAAAAACAAAAAACUGUAAGAAAACAUGAAAAAAAAAAAAGACUUGUAUUUGCUAAGAUUUUUUAAGGCAUGGUACUUUAUAUUAUUCCUAUGGGAUUCACAAUGUAAACUAAGAGUACAUUUUUUUCCUAUGAUGAGUCCGCCCUGGUCCUAGUCUGUAUUUGGGGAUACGGAACCCUGUCACCUUACUGUGGCUCAUCCUUGGCUGCGUCAGCGAACGGCCCUCGUUGCAGCACAUUACUGAUGUAGGACAUUAAAUGAUGUAGACAAACGCCACUUGUAAAUGGUAACGAUGGCCUAUGACGAACCCGUGCUAAUUACCUGGGUAAUUGUAGUCGCUGUAAACGCUCAAUGUAUUGAUGCCGCAUUUAGAUUUAGGGGUAGAUCUACCAAAGCUUUUAAAAUUGAAAAGCAACCAAUCAGGUUCCAGUUAUCAUUUCUCUAUUGCAUCCUAGAAAAUGACAGACAGAAUAUGAUUCGUUGCUACGGGCAACAUCUCCACUUGUGUGUUUUAGAAUCUUUAGUACAUCUAUCCCCUGUUGUUAAUAAUAUCUGAGAAUCACCCUAGAAUUUUAAAUACAUGGUACAGUUAUGUGAACUAUUGCUGCUUUUAUCUUCACGGAAGGAACAAUCCCAUUUUUACACUCUUGAUAGAUUAUAAUCUAUUAAUUUUCAUGUUUUGCCAAAGCAAUCCAAUAUACAACAUGUAACCAAAUCGGUAUCCGGAUGAUAGGUCGACAGUAAUAAGGUCAACAGUCAAUAGUUUUAGGGCAAAUAUCGUCCGGGAUUCAAUUUCCGGGAUUGGAAGCGCCAAUCCCGGGUAUUAAGGGAUCAGGCGGCCCAUUAAUGCCGGGCCGACGCUCAACGCUGCCCGGCUCCCUCCUUUCCCUGCGCAGCGUGACCUAUGACUGUGAGGUCACGCUGCAGAGCCACCCGCCUGAUGGGAAGCCGGUCGUCACCCGCCGCUGAGUGUGGAGGAAGAUUGCCACCUACCCGGAGGCGGACGGACACUUUAAAAAAGUCAAUCCCGGUUAUCUCGGGAUUGACCAUUUUUCAAUCUCGAUCCCACCCUAAUAUCUAUGGUCAAACCAGGAAAAGGUCAACAUGAAGGGUUUUUUUUACAAAUGUUUUUGAUUUUCAACUUUUUCAUACUUUACCAUCCACGUGGACUACGAUUGGGAAUAGUAACCUGUGCCGAGCGCAGCGGUAGUGGAACGAUGCACUUUGCCCGCAGCAUGCCAGGGGACGCGGUGCACUAAUUGGGGUUCAUGGUUAUUUUACGGAGAAAACGACAUCAAAUUUUUUUUUAAUUUUUUUUUAUAAACUUAUGUUGACCUUUUUUCGUGUUGACCUUUAGGGGUCGAUCUAGAGACUGUUGAGCUUUUUCAGGUCGACCCAUUGAUCCAUAACCAACCAAAUCGUAUGUUCUACUGUAUCAGGGGGAUUUCCGCUGUUCUGAAAUAACCUUACAGAAUAUUAGCGGCUCCAUAAAAGCCGUGUAGAGCCCAGCGUCUAGAAGUAUUAGAAUUAUUGGAGUAGACCUGUACCAGUUUCCUACCAAUCUGUACAGAAUUGAAUUUUUGUUGGUUUCUUUUUUACAAUGUCAUCCAAAUUUCUCUUUUGUACGAAAUCUGUUCUUUUUGCAAACAGAGACUCGUAGGCAAUCAUUUUUGUACAGUCCGUGUGUAAAUAUACAUAUAUAUUUUUUAUAUACCUUGUAAAACGUGAAAAGCGCAUACACAAGUGUUAUCAGUAUUAUAUUCUAUUAUUAUUUUUUUUCAUGAGCACUCGACGUUUCUUGAGAUUUUUGGUUUUCAAGAAGAAUUUUUAUUUUUGAAUUCGCUGUAUUGUGUUCUUUUAACGAGCUUGGCUGAUGUAAAAAAAAAAAUUGCAUUUUCAUUUUAAUAUAUUGUGUCACUGGUUGUUCUGACAUCUCAUCAUCUGCAACUGGGGUUGUCGUUUAAAGGAUAUAAUAUGUAUUAAAAGAAUGGCGAGUGAUUAAAAGGGAACUCAACAUAUCUUGUUUUCACUCAUAUUCACAAAUUCUAACCUAUCUACUUAUGAGCUGGAGAUUUCAGCAGACAUGUAUCAUUUUCAAUUGGAAAAUAUAUCCGUCGCAUCUCUCCUCCCCAUUAAACCCAGACACCAAUAUUGAUUAAAAUAAAUAAAUCUUUAUUGAAACAAUAUUGUUGCACUCCGUUAACCCUUUCCAGGAUCUUAAUGAAAAGUUUAAUAUGUUGAAAAGAGAGAAUUCUUAGCAAUAUAAUUCAUUAAUUUUUUUUUUUUUAAAAAGGCCAAAGUUUUGACACUAUUUAUUGUCUUCUUGUGAAAUGUUGGAUAGUGCCCAGUACCCACAAGUAUCAAUAUUGCUAUUUAAAUCUCGCAAUAGAUGGAAAUGACACCUGUAGGCUAUAAUGUAUCGCGUUAAAUUAUUUGCAUGGGGGGAAGCCUCCGGCGGCAAGACAUGGCAAAUCUUGCCGCCGAUCGGGGUUUUAACCUUUUAAUAAAUAGUUUAAAAUUGAAGAUUGUUACAACACUGCACUGAUGCUUUUGUUAUUCGUAUACUUUAUCAAAGAAGGGUGUAUCCAUGGCCGAACUGGCCCACAGGGGGUAACCCCCGGUGGGCCCCACCCCCCUCCUCUAAGAAUCAGGUUCCAUACUGUGUUACUGUGAUAUGUUACAUUAUACUGCACAGGAAUAUAGGCGAUGUAGUCAACCAUCGGUUACUGUACAUCUCUGAAUCAGGCCCCUUAGAUCUGUCCAGAAUCCUCCUCCCACCCCAACAAGAUUCAGGGCUUAGUUAGCCCAGAACUUUUAUAUUUCACGGACGCAAUAGAAAGCAGAUCUUCGAAAUCUGUGCGUGUCGGUCUUUUCCUCCAAAGCCACUUAUCCCACGGAGCCUCUGACUAGACUAAACUUGCCAUUUCAGGUCAUCAAAACCUAUUCCGCGUCCCCCCGAGGGGGAGCUCUGUGACAUUGAGGGAUCGUCUGGAGAAAAUUGCACUGAUACCGGCUUCCGACGGAAUCUUUCUAUAGCUUAUUACAUUCUGCCUAAUGUGUAUUUAGUGCAGGAUUCUAAUUACAGAGCUGAGGAACAGGCCCCCGGGAAAUCUCUAGGCUGCAAUUGGCAAUAAAUGGUCAGCAUUUCUCUAGCUGUCCAUAAAACCAGCCUCAGCUGUAAGCACGAACGGCUUUGUCUCCGUGCUAGGAACUUUCCAGUUCAGUUAGCACGUAUACAGUGUAGGCAGGGGUGUACGUCGGCAAGCAAAUAGGAUUCGCUUUUUAACGGCAGGAUUUUACAAAACACUUAUUUAGAAUAUGCCUGUCACUUCGCAAAAGAUGGCGGUAAUUAAGACACUGAAACCAUUGGAUAUUUCAAUAGCGAUAACUCGGGAGUAAGACGAGCUGUGUUGCAUAGGGGGAGAUUUAGCAAAUAUUGGAGAGAAAGUGGAGAGAGGUAAAGCACCGACCAAUCAGCUCCAAACUGUCAUUUUUCUAGCACAGCCUGUAACAUGGCAGUAAGUGCUGAUUGGUUGGUACCCUUUCCCUCUCCAAGAUUUGCUAACCCCCCCCCCCCCCUUGUCCUAACUACUCAACUGUUCUUAAUGCAAACUCUUGCAGAUCCUUGUACAUGAUGAUGACAGUUGGUCAGUACCAGGGUGGGAUCGUCCAUCAGGCAACCAAGGUUUCAGCCUUGGGUCCAGCGCAGCUUACUCGAAUACGUUUUAUGCAUGUCUUUCUGUUGAUGUUGUUGUUGCUUUACAAGCAGAGGUGGUGAGGGGGCCCAACCAGAAUCUUUCCUAGAGGUCAUGUGACCUGGCUGGUUCUUUGCUGCUGGUAAAGAAAGGGGGUGGGGUUCCUACCUCUCCGUUAUACAUGGGAGGUGUCUGACUACACCGAGGUCCUAGCCAUUAUACAGAGAAUGCAAGUCUCACUAUACCUGCUAGACAUGUCCGUCUUCAGGCAGUUUUAUCUUCUAAGUCAAAUUGUUUCUGUGAUGUAAAAACACCAGUUGUACAUUAAAUAUGACGGUGUCUCCAUAGCAACUUUGGGGGUAAUUCAGAUCUGAUCGCUAGGCAGCGAUUUUUGCGCUGCUGCGUUCUGAUAGUCGCCGCCUACAGGGGGAGGAUAUUUUAGCUGUGCAAGUGUGCGAUCACAUGUGUAGCCGAGCUGUACAAACUGAUCUUGUGCAGUCUCCGCGCAGCCCAGGACUUACUCAGCCGCUGCGAUCACAUCAGGCUGUUUGGGUCCGGAUUUGACAUCAGACUCCAACCCAGUAAACGCCCGGACACGCCUGCGUUUUUCCAACCACUCCCAGAAAAUGGUCAGUUGCCACCCACAGACGGCUUCUUCCUGUCAACCUCCUUGCGAACGCCCGUGCGAAUAGAUCCUUCGCAUAGACCCGUCGCUGACCGGCGAUCCGCUUUGCAGCUGUCCGUCGCGCCUGCGUAUUGCCGUGCAUACGCAUGCGCAGUUUGUAUCUGAUCGCCCGCUGUGUAUAAACGCACAGCAGCGACCAGGUCUGAAUGACCCCCUUUGUCGUCUCAAACAGCAACACAAUGAAACAACAUUGCUUGGAAGAUACGGUUAUCUACAGGGCAGCAGUGCACUACCACCUUAUCAUAUGUCAAAUUCCAUUAAUCAAAAGUGCCGUUGUGUCCUCAUACACUGAGAGCCUUUACGCAAUACAGCGCGAGACGCCCGGCGCUACUGCGAAGCGUACCGUACUUUAGGAUCGCAGCAUCAGAGAAAAGCCACUCACAGUGUACCAGGGGCGCCAGGCUGCGGCUGUAACCACGCGGGAAUUGGUGUAACACACGUACAGAGACGCUGACAUCGGAGCACUUAUUACACAGACUCAUUUGCACAAGCGCCGCAAGCCCAAGUGGCCAGUGUAAGCUAGCAAUGCAGUUCUGUUGCUUCUAGUUGUAUGCGAAUAAGAGGCACUUUAUCAGUGACAAAGACACUAAACGUAUCCGAGUAGCACUAAACCCCCAGGUGCAACGACGGGGACUCUUUGUCCCAACUUGAGCCACAGUGUAUAAAGACACAUCUGUAUAUAGAGCCAAUGUGACUCAGUGGUGCUAGAGCAUUACAGCAUCUCUCCCGCGCCAGGCAUCGUCAUGUGACCUAUUAUUUUCAGAUGAGUGAAAAUGCAAAUAUGACGGGGAGGCAGGGUGUGUACUACAGAGUUCACCCCCAGUAGACUCACUGCUGUCAGCACUAGCAUACAGGCAGUGACAGCAUCGACAGGAACAUACUGCAGAAUCGGAGAAAUGUUUUUUCCACUUGCCACUUGUUUAAUGUUCACAUCUGUUCCAUUCCUUUUUUUUUUUUUUUUUUUAUAUUAUGUACUAUAUUUUUUAGUCUUAAACACAAUAUGAUCUAUAUUUAAUUUUUUUAUAUAUAUAAAUAUAUAUAAAAAUAAAUGUUACAAGGAAUGGU